AUGGCUGUUCUAUCAGAAUCUCAGUACAAUGAGCUAUUAGGAGACCUUGUGGCCGCAUCUCAAGACGCGGAGAGAGCGGACAGAGCGGAGAGGACAGCCGUCGCCCCGCAGUUACACUACGAUUUACAGGGGGAUCGAGUCGCUACUCACGCCGUGACGACACGCUCGAACAAUAGGCUUUCUCUUACAAAGGCACGUACUUUGUGGAGCGAACAGCCAAACACCUCGGCGUGCGUCAAACCGGAGCAGAAGACCGUUCGCGGUAUAUUUGAUCCUGAAUCUGUAAUCAACCUAAUCGAUUCACAAGAAGAAGAAAAAGAAGAAGAAGAAAAAGAAGAAGAAGAAAAAGGCCUUCUGAAAGAUAGAGCGCAGGAGGAUCGUUCCGGUUCCACGGCGUCCCAGCAAGGCAGAACCGGAACGAUCGCACCGGCGCGCCCCCGUUACCCCUCCCCCAUUUUCUGUAUCACCAAGGAGGACCUGCGAGCGCGGGAAGAUCGUUCCGGUUCAACUGCGUCCCAGCAAGACAGAACCAACCCCGGUCUACAAACCGCCGGAUCGAGAGGUCAGUCUGCAGCUCCGGCGUGGGAUCCGUUGAAUGCAGCGUGGGGUCCGUUGUAUGCGCCGGUGCCAACGCAGCGCCGGGUUCCAGCGCCAGCAGCUGGGAAUACCACCAACGAGCAAAAACGCCAGCCGGUGACCAGAGCUGCAAGGAGAGCACCUCGUAAAAAAACGGGUAAUUCAGCACCACGCGAAAAAACCGUCAACCCCGUCCAACCGCCAAGGCGUGGCGGAAUUAAAGUGCAGAACAAGUCUUUCAUCGUUAACGAAUUAAUUUCAG